GCUCACUCGACCAUCAUCUCUGCUUUCCAGGAAGUGUAUUCUUCACCGCUUUUUUCACCUGCGACUACAGCUCUAGUAGUACCUUUUUAGAGCUGGUUUGAUGUCAUUUCACAACUAAUAUCAGCAUUAGAAGGUAGAUGGCUGCAAGUGUUAUUCACUGUCUGUCAUCAGCUAAAAAUAAAUUCAUUGUUUAAGUACUUCAAAAAUUAUAAUCAACCGACCUCCUACAACAUACAACGAAACACUCCAACAACAAAAAAUGACGGACAUGGAUGUAGACCACGUCGACGAGGAGACUUCGGACAACAAGAUGACGUCAUCCUCAACGACCAUCCCCAAGGACAACAUGAUGGUCCUUUCCUUUCCUCUUUCAGGCGCUGACCCCUAUGCGGAAGAAAAACUGGCUUUGAUACAAAAAGUUUUGCUUAGUUGUACCACGACAACUGCCAAGGGAAAUUGUUCUCCAAGAACUUAUCGUCACAAUGUGGGAAAGGAGUGUGUGGAAGUCAAGAUUCCUGUGCUCGCAGCGUCUCCUUCUGAAGAUGAAGCUAGUGGUGCCCCUUCUAGUACUUCUAUUUCGACGCGCACACUACUGGAAAUAGCCAGCGUGGUUACGAUGAACGUGCACGACCUGUAUUUUGGGCAUGCCAGGGACGCCCGUCGCGGACUCUUCCUACUACACAAGCUUCUACUGUCGCAGCUGCAAGAAAACGAGAAACUACAAGUUCUUGAGGACCAGAUGGAUUUAAAAGAGAAUGAGUUGCGACAGCGUCUUCAGGAGGUAGAACUAUGGUUAGACCGUUAUUGUAAUCCUGGUAACACCCAAAUGAAUGGCAGUGGUGACGAACCUCCUAGAAUUCCCGAACAACUGCGCGAUGCACAUCCUGAUAUGGUGACAACAACGACCACCACUGAACAAGAGAAUAGGAUUUAUCUGCACCCAGCUUUACGUGUUGGGUCUGACGAAAACAGUGGGGAUGGACUGUAUACCACUAAUAUUUCUAGAAGUUUUUGUACUACUGCUACAGGUAGAGAAACAGAAGUAGGAGUAGCCUCUACUGCUCAACAAGAAAAAUCUGCCAUCACAUCUGGAGAUGUGGCUAUCCGUGUACCAUCCAAACACCUCCUCAAUGCUGCGACAGCCGCUCAAGACAGAACGUUUCGUCCCUUUUACGAACGCCUAUUACGAGAAAUAGCGCAAAAGCAACCACAUGUACAUGCUGUAGAAGAAAGAAGAAGCUCUGCUGCAGGAAAAUGUGCUGCUUUCUUAGACGCUGCCGAAGAACAAAUCGCGAUGGCAUAUUUGAUUUUCUUGCGACGCUUCCUACGAGGACAAGGAGAAGGAGAGGGUCAGGCUUCCCCGGCAACAUGUAGUACAACCAUGUCCUCGUCUUCAGGAAGAUCAUCACCCGAACAUGGCGGAUCGCCUUGCCAGUCAGCAGGUCCGUCGUCUAAAACGUUCUCAACAGGAGUGAAGCAAGAGGAACAAGAGGAGCAUGCCCUUGACCAACAACUCCUUCACGGUCGCAUGCGUUUUCUUCUUUCUGAAUGUCUACCGCAAACUCUAGACGAUUGCCCAGCAACCUUGCUUACCUGGCCUGAGGAAGCGUUGGAGAAUUUGUAUUGUCCUCAAGUGAUUUACCAAGUAGAGACUGCGAGGCUGGAGAUGAAUGAGUUCUUUGAAAUGCUAAAACGCGUAUUUUCUUCGACGGAAGAAGUUGAGCAGCCGGGUUUGAAAGUAGAUGUUGAUUUAGAUGACGUACUCUGGGCAAAAUGCAUUUUCGACUCCCGUGCAUUUCAGCUUGAUAGCGUUCUUGUCGGACCUACUGCUACUGCCGCAGAUCUCCACGAAGAUAAAGAACCCAACAUUCAAUGCGCGUGGAAAUUGCUGGCCGAAUUGCUACACCUUGGUGAAGAAGAUGAAAAUGAAUCUGGUUGCUCCGGGAGUGAAGACGAAGAAGAUGUGCGAGAAGAUGGUCAACUUCUACAUAAGGUUGAUGAAGGUGACCUAACGGAGGGACACCACGGACUCGACGUUGAGAUUGCUGCGGACAACAUGGAAGAUGCUGAGCGUGUGCUGGCGAAGAAGCUCGCACUAGAAGCCUCUGAGGAGGUUGAGGUUGUUGGUGACGUUGAAGAUUCUUCGGAUGGGGAUUCAACGUCUUGUUGUGCUGAGCAGGACACUCACACUCUUGACGUCGAAAAGAAGCCGCUCUUCCAAGUGAUUGACCAAGUACUCCCCGUCGCGACGCGUUUAACUUGUCUCGCCCCCGUCGCGGACUACUUGAAUCACGAUAGAAGAUCGCCCUUGAUGGUCCCGCGAUUCGACCAGACAGGGAAAUCCUUUGUCCUGCAAGCUGCUGCCAGUGUUCCUCCUUCGCGCCAGCUCUGCCUCAAUUAUGGACCGUUACAGAACUGGGAGCUGCUACUCUACUACGGCUUCUGCUUCGAGGAGAAUCCCGCUGAUAUUAAGGCUCCUACAUGAAAUUAUCCAUCUUCCCAGGAGUAAGUAUAAUACCUUGGUCAUCUUCCCGUUUUUUGUGAAAAUGGGGGACCAAGAUGAGUCCACCGAAGAUCAUAGGACGCCACGGGCUGUAGCAUCCCGGGUGCGCUUCUUUCAUUGUUUUUUGAUUCCUAGUUUGUUAGACGAGCUCCACCGGAUUCAUCAACUGCGUCUGUGAUUCUGAUUCUGAUCCUGUCCUUCUGCACAACUUUCCCCUCAAGGCCAACGAUCAAACUAUCAGGGACUAUCUUGGAGCACUUUCUUUACAUACAAUACAUACAAUUAACAAGGCAAAAGCGGGAACAAGAACCAAGAUGAGUCCACCACCGAAGAUGAUAGAUUUCUCUUAGUCGUGCUUCUAAUGAUACCUUGCAACUGGAGCUGGGUGAGCCGGAAGAUGCCGAGACUCGACUCAUGCUGCGUUUGCACAAAGUAACGACUGAUCACGUACUGGCAUUCGUGGAGGCUCCGGAGGGGGAUCCUGUCCCGGAGAAUAACUACAAUGUGAAGAUGUUUGGUGAAUUGGAUAAAAUUACAGAGAAUGAGAUGGAUCAAGGUCAGGAUACAACUCACGACAGUAGUUGUUGUAAUCUUCAUCAGGCCAGCACGAGUACAGCUUCAUCUUCUAGCAGUGCAACUUCAUCUGCAACUACUGGUGGGGGCCCUCGUUGGCCACUGUCUUCCAAAUUGCUCACCUGCUUACGCAUUCUCCACGGGAUUGAAGACUUACCAGAACCACAACAAGAGAAUAGUAAUUCGUGUUCCACCAGCAACGACGAGCUCAGAUGCAGCCUCGUUUUCGACCCAAGUAUGCCGUGUUGUGCCGCUGACGUUCAGAUUUGCGAUACAUUGUUGUUAAGGCUACAACCGCUUGAGCAUCUCCUCAAUGAGAACAUGAUGAUCCUUGGAUCUUCCGUUUCUAGUUGAAAAACGGACCACCAAGGAUCAUGUGACACUCAACAAGGAAGAUGCUUACGCGGUACUAGAAGUCUAAUGUCGGACGUUUUUUCCCAGUUGUUGAUCCCCUCAGACGAGACGUUGAAGAGCGAGGUGAUGCAACCCGAGUCGAAUGGUAUGUGGGAGCAGCAUCCAGUCUUCGGCCCUUUGGCUCGCAGAUUCCGCGAAUCCCAAAGAAAGUUGGUCAACUCGAACAUCCGUGCUCUACAGAAAUUCAGAGAAAAAGCGAUUGAGGCACAACUUCAGAGCAUGAGGAACGAACAAAACCCUCAAAGUGGAACAAACAAAAGCAAAAGGAGGAGAAAGCGUUAAGCUACGUUCUUAGGAGUGGGCCACUGGUGGGGAAGGGGCUAAGUGGCAAGAAGGAUUGAGGCUGGAAGAUAGAAAAAGUAGUUGAUGUACUUGUGCUUGUUUUCUACUAGAAAUAAAAAUAGCAGCUAUGAGAAGAUGAACAAGGUUUUCUACUAGAUGAAAUAAGAAUGUUGGCUAUAAUUAUGUUGAGAAGACGAGAAGUACAACUACUAGAGGCUUGUUCAAGGUGCUACAACAUCAAGGCAGAAGGGAGAAGUGCAAGUGGCAAAGUGGCUUCUAGAAGUGCUCGAGCUGCUAGAGGAUUCAUAUUUUAAAUCGUUCUUGAGUAGGUACACCUACACGACGUACAGUUUGUGUGUAUCGUAAAAUGAUCAUAUCAUCUGUCAUCUCCCCUAGCACAUUCUCUAGCAAAAUAAAUCUUAAACAUGAUUUUUAAGGUUUUUUUUAAAUGGCACUACCUACGCAAGCAAGCACCAGAAUGGCGAGAUGAAGAUCUUCAUUAUAGAACAAGGUCCUUCUCCUUUUUCAUAUUUGCAUCCGGUUUGUCUUGGUGUGUUGUAGAAGUUCUUGAACCAGACCUCCUCUACGUCGUGUCGUGUUACUCUUGGAAGAUUAAAUCUCUCCGUCCUCAACAGACACUGUCAACAGUCUACAUUUGCUUCUCUAAAUAAUUUCUUGGUCGUGUUACUCUUGUUGGAAGAU